AUGAGGAUGGAAUCUUUGCCGCAUGAUGUCGUAGAGCUCAUCCUAGAGAGACUUCCCGUGAAAUCUCUGCUGAGAUUUAAGGCUGUGUCGAAGGAAUGGAGAUCAACGAUCGAAUCCUCUUUCUUCCAAGAGAGACAAUUAGUACAACGUAAGCAAUCAGGAGAUCCAGAUGUCCUCAUGGUGCCCAAAACUCCUUUCCAUGCUGUUGGUCCGGACCUCAUGGAACCUCUAAUAACACUGGUAUUGGGCUCAUCAGCAUCCGUCAAGAUCCCUAGUCCUUUGGAGAAAACACAUUAUUUGGUUUGCAAGAACACCUGCGACGGUCUCGUUUGUGUCUACCAAACAUGCGAACCCUGUCUUGUCUUCAAUCCCACCACUAGAUGGCAUCGGACUCUUCCUCUCUACGAGUUACAAAAAUACGUAAUCGGCUUAGGUAAAGAGUGGUACUUCAAGCUUAGUCCCUCCUUCUUUAACCUCGGAUUCGGUAAGGACAAACUCACUGGCACGUACAAGCCCGUUUGUUUAUACAACUCGAAAGAGAUCGGCCGACAAAACGCUACUACGUGCGAGGUUUUCGACUUUUGCACCAACUCCUGGAGGUACGUCACACCCGCUGCUCCUUAUAGGAUUAACAAUCACUCCAAUCCUGUGUAUGUAGAUGGGUCGCUUCAUUGGCUCACCGAAUGCAAAGAAACCAAUGUGUUAUCUUUCGAUCUUCACAAGGAAUCUUUUCAAGUCGUCUCUAAAGCCCCCUUUGCGGAUUUACUUCCUUACGAGAUGGUCUUGUGCAAUCUUGACGAACGCUUGUGCGUAUCCGCGUUAAAGUGGCCGGAACAAGUGAUAUGGUCGUUCAGUUCAGGCAACAAGUCAUGGGAACAAAUGUAUUCCCUCGAUCUUGAUUAUACUUAUCGUUGCCAUGAUAUCCCAACACGACUCUUCGCCCCACAUAUAUACGCGCUCAUGCCACUAGCACUCUUGCAUGGGGAGAAGGAAAAGAAGAAGAAGCUGCUGUUUUAUGAUGACGUGUUAAGUCGAAAAUUGGUGAUAUAUGAUCCUGAAACAAAAUCGUGUGAUGCUGCUUACUCGGCUGAAGUAAUCGGCUAUACUGUUUGUUAUUUUCAGAGUUUGUUUUCUAUUUAA